GCCUAGCAGUUAUCCAUGGGGAACAUAAAGAAACAGAAUCGGAGCACAUUGAUGGUAGACACUCUCCGCCAACUGUGAGAACAGUGGAUGGAAUGCAGAUGCUCCCAGUUUUGAUACCAAAGGAGAAACCUCCAAUAAAUGUAGUUGGUGAUGUUGGGGGAAAGAUUGCAAUAAUUGUGGAUGAUAUGAUAGAUCAAGCUGAAUCAUUUGUAGCAGCAGCGGAGAUCCUAAAAGAACGAGGUGCUUACAAAAUUUACGCGAUGGCGACGCACGGGUUGCUGUCAGCAGAUGCACCAAAACAAAUUGAAGAAUCUUGCAUCGAUGAGGUAAUGUUGUUAUGGAAAUUAAAAUUUUUUGCUUGUUAUUCAAUUUUGGAUGACUUGAGGCAUGUUGUGGCGAAAUGGUUAAGUUGUCGCACAGGCCAGUAUUAACUAAAU